UGUUCGGAGAAGUUGUCUCGAGAAGUAUUGAGAAGUUGUAAGGAGUUAGUUUGACGAGAAUUUUGUGUCUUUUCUUCUUAAUUAUCGGUAUCAAUCAUUUAACAACAAUAGAACUGAAAGGAUUUAUUUAAUCAUAAUUAGAGACGCAAUGCAAAUCACGGUUGACUAGAUACGAAACCAUACGAGGAUAUUUUAUAAUCUUGCUGAUUUGUGAAUAUCGCUGAAGAAUAAGCCGGAAUAUAUCAAGGAUCAUGAAAAUGGUGUUGUCACAACGGCAGAGGGAGGAGCUAAAUAAGGCGAUUGCAGAUUAUCUUAAUACUAAUGGUUACCAAGAUGCUCUGGAAGCAUUCAAAAAAGAAGCUGAUAUGCCAGGAGAGGUAGAACGUAAAUAUGGUGGUCUUCUUGAGAAAAAAUGGACUUCUGUUAUUCGAUUACAAAAGAAGGUAAUGGAAUUAGAAUCUAAGUUAUCUGAAGCCGAAAAAGAAUUUAUUGAAGGAGCACCAACACGUGGAAAACGUUCCUCUACAGAAUGGAUUCCCAGACCUCCAGAGAAACAUUGUUUAACUGGUCACAGAGCGCCGAUCAAUAGAGUUAUAUUUCAUCCUGUUUUUAGUUUAGUUGUUUCAGCCAGUGAAGAUGCAACAAUCAAAGUUUGGGAUUUUGAAACCGGAGAGUUUGAACGUACUUUGAAGGGUCAUACUGAUAGCGUUCAAGAUAUAUCGUUUGAUGCAUCAGGAAAAUUACUUGUGUCAUGCAGUGCAGAUAUGUCAAUAAAAAUAUGGGAUUUUCAUCAGUCAUUUGCUUGCGUAAAAACAAUGCAUGGCCAUGAUCAUAAUGUUAACUCAGUUUCAUUUGUACCACAAGGUGAUUUUGUUGUAAGCGCCUCGAGAGAUAAAACUCUCAAAAUAUGGGAAGUAGCCACUGGAUAUUGCAUAAAAACACUCAUAGGUCAUAGAGAGUGGGUGAGAAUGGCAAGGGUUAGUCCUUGUGGUGAACUUAUUGCCAGUUGCUCUAAUGAUCAAACUGUAAGAGUAUGGCACAUGGCUACAAAAGAAACCAAAGUUGAACUAAGAGAUCACGAUCAUGUCGUUGAAUGCAUUGCUUGGGCUCCAGACAGUGCAAGAGCAUCAAUAAACGCUGCUGCAGGUGCAGAUAAUAAAGGAGCACAUGAAGGUCCUUUUCUUGCUUCAGGAUCUCGAGACAAAACUGUUCGUAUGUGGGACGUCAGUGUGGGAGUUUGCUUAUUUAUUCUCCAUGGUCAUGAUAACUGGGUGCGUGGAAUCGUCUUCCAUCCUGGUGGUAAAUUCAUUGUCAGUGUUUCUGAUGAUAAAACUCUACGAGUUUGGGACACACGUAACAAACGAGCAAUGAAGACUCUUGAUGCACAUGUUCAUUUUUGCACUUCUGUCGAUUUUCACAAAAGUCAUCCUUAUGUGGUGACUGGUAGUGUGGAUCAGACAGUGAAAAUUUGGGAAUGUCGCUAGUCACAAUAUUUUCGAAUAUUCUUUUUAUUUGUUGAAUUUCAAGAUAGAAUUAAUGAUGGAAUAUAUAACAAUGUGGAAUAAAAGCAAAAUAAGCGAACGAUGGAAUAUCUGCACGAAAUAAAGAUAGAAAGAAAGAAAGAAAGAGACAUUAAAUGUAUAAGCAAAUACUAUGACUAUUGAUAACUAAUAAUGAUAAAAAACACAUAAACAUAUUCAAUUAGGAAUUCUUUAAUUAAUUUACAAUGAAAUAUAAUUAGUAUAAAUUGUUAAUACUAUAUUUCAUUUCACGAUAAUCGAUUAUGCAAUUGAAAAUAAACAAAUGCAAAUACAAUGAACACACAAAGAAUAAUAUUUAGGGAAAACAUUGCUUGUAUGUUCUCCCUUGACAGAUUAAAAUCAUUCUUAAUAUUAAAAAAUUUUAUCUAUGCAUGUGGGUAUACAUUUUCAUAUACGUAUAUUAUAUUCAUAUGUAUAUAUAAAGUUACACGCUUGAAAAAUUCAUUGAUGCAACAAUAUAUUUUGUAUGGAUUCAUUAUUUUAUAUAUAUAUCUUCAAUACUUUUUCAAUGUUGGGUGAAUGCCAAAGUUUCAUUCUUUUAAUCAUUUAUUUGAUUAGAAUCUUCUUCAUCUUUUAAAUUCUUCAAAUUUAUUAGCAGAAUAAUUUAUUUGAGAAACAUUCAACCGAGUCAUGGAUUGAAGAAAAAAAAUUAUAAUUUAUUAAAGAAUAAAAAAAAUUUUUUAAAUUAUUUUUAGGUUUCUGUUUACCCAAUGCUGAUUCUGCUCAAGCCUAUUGAAGAAAAGACCGAUUAAUUAAUCUUUUACAUGAAAUAUUUUUUUUUUCUUAAGUGCGAUAAAAAUGACUGCAUAAUAUUUAUUUGUAAUUUUUUAACGUAAUUCUUAUAUUAAUACAGUCCUUAAUAAAAAUAUAAUUUUACAAAAUAAUAAAAUUUAACAAUAAACUGAUAUUCAUUAGUCUUCAUGAUUUUAAUUGAAAAUACAUUAAACGAUUGAAGACAAUUAUUCCAUUUUCAAAAUAAUGGAAAUUUAUUGCAAUCAAAUAAUAUAUGAUUUCCAUUACAUUCAAGAUUAGUAAGUACAUGAAUUAACCGUUAGGAAAAAUCACAGAUAAAUUAGAAAGUAAAAUAAGAUGUAUCUUAAGUUAAAAAGAAAAGAAAACAAAUAUGCACAUCAAAUAUCUUUCUACAUAAUUAUUUUCAAAUUAACUGGUUUUUGUUAGAUUACAAGUAAAAAUGUAAAAUAAUUAUUAUUUAGGCGUAGCAUUCAAUAGAAAAGGUAAAAAUCGAGGAAUGAGGUAAACGCGAAUGAAAAACCGUUUAAGAAGUAAAAUUAAAAUAAAAUUAUAACAUUUUACUAGUGAUUACAAUAUAUACUGUAUUAGUUAAUUGUACAGUAAAUUAUGUUAAUAAACUAACAAUUUAUCGA